UGUCCCUGGUGGCCUUUCUGUGACGGGAGCCUGGGACUGACGUGCAGUGCGGCCUGCGGUGAGCUCUCCAGUGAGCCUGAGAAACAGCAGACACAGCUGAUGGGGGAUAAGCACUUCUGUGACCUCAUCUCUCCCUCUUCUUUUUGUUUCGUAGGACAGAUACUGUUCAAGUAGCUUGUCUGUGCAACAUUUGCCUGCCUCUCUUUUCCCCGUUCAUGGAUCAUUUUUAAUUUAAAAUCUUGCAUUGCAGGUUGCUGAGCACUUCCACGUGGAGGCUGGCGCAGGACCAAACUCGAGACACGCAGCUCAUAACAGUUGAUGAAAAAUUGGACAUCACCACUUUAACUGGCGUCCCCGAGGAGCACAUCAAAACCAGGAAGGUCAGGAUCUUUGUCCCGGCUCGCAACAACAUGCAGUCUGGGGUGAACAACACCAAGAAGUGGAAGCUGGAGUUCGACACCAGGGAGCGUUGGGAAAACCCUCUGAUGGGCUGGGCAUCCACGGCUGAUCCCUUGUCCAACUUGGUUCUAACCUUUAGUACUAAAGAAGAUGCAGUUGCCUUCGCAGAAAAAAAUGGGUGGAGCUAUGACGUUGAAGAGAGGAAGGUUCCGAAACCCAAGUCCAAGUCUUAUGGCGCAAACUUUUCUUGGAACAAAAGAACAAGAGUGUCCACAAAAUAGACUGGCACCGCCUGCUUCUCUGCACCUGACCAUGAGCAGAGUCAGCUGCGCGGUUUUUACAGUCCACGCAUAGCACACCUCUUACUCGCCUAAUAAACUCAAUCUUUAAACUACA